UUUCGCGCCUCCUGAAGCAGUUCGGGGUCUUGUGUUUGCGUGAGGAGGACCAGGACAGGGUCCGGCUGUCGCGGGGGUGGUCUACUACGGGGGCUGCAGCCGCAUGUGGACGUGCAAUAAAUAAUCUCGGGUGGAACUGUUUUACACAACGUGGGGUCCUGCCCGCUGGACUUUUGUAACUCCUAACGAGAAAUGGUUGGCAGGCUGAACUUCCUGAGUGCGUGUGAAGAAGGAGACCCUCUGGCAAUGAGCUGCAGCCGGGCUGAACGGGGACUGGAUAGCCCGGACUCCGGGCUGCCGCCGAGCCCCAGCCCGAGCGCCUGGCUGCCGCCUGCGUGUCCGGAGAAAGCCCGCGGUUCGAGCCCGGUGUCUGAGGAUGAAGGAAAGGGCUCUUUGACCUCCAGUUCCACUCCUGCACUUCUCCCUCAGCUGCUGCCUCUGUCCUUUGGUGAAGGCAUUGCACUAGAUCCGCUGCCCUCAAAGGAACUCAGAUACACAUCAUCUCUGCUCUACGACUCAGACCGCCACUUCAUCCAGAACGUGACCUUCCAGCCGCUGGGUCAGGGUCUGGACUCCUGCAGGCAGACCAUCGUGGCCAUGUCCCACAGCACCUGGCGCCACUACAAGACCCACCUAGUGUUCCAGCCACGCCAGCGGCCCCAACACUACAGGACAACCACCAUCAUUUACCCUAAGAGAACCAGUACCGCCUAUACAACCGAGCUGAGCUACGACUCCCACCGAACAGCCAGACGGCGCUUCCUGUCCAGUGUGGAGCUGGAGGCGGCCGGCAGCAGAGAACCACCUCAGUAAAAGUGGAGUUUAGGGGUCAGAGCAGAAGGAGGAGGGGCCCCCCACCCACUGUCCCCUGAGGUUGCACUGAAGCCAGACUUGUGGCUUGACUUCCUUCCUUCCUGUCAUCCUCUCUACCUUCAUCCUCAAGUCUUCUGAUACUCACAUUGAAACAGCCACCAUCAUCGUCUCUGCAGUCGCAACUGACUUAUUUUUAAUGAUGAGGUGCAAAACGGUUGCAUUUUUAUUCUUAAAAAUCCAUGCUUUUAAGAUGCCUCUGCUACUGACCUGCUGUUUUGUCUUCAGGGUUUUGUACAUCUUAUACAUUUUUUGUCAUGCUGUGGGGUGGUAAACCAGGAUUUUUAUUGUUUUUUUUUUUUUCUGGAUUUAUAUCAGAUUUAUAUUUAUGAAAUAAAUAAUGAAGUUAUACGUAUUUUGGUUUGUUAGAGUUUCUAAACCUCUACUUUAAUAAAGAAAUAUAAGGUAUAUGAGAAGCUAAUCUUGUUUAAACGUAUGUGCAAUGUUUGUUUUUAAGGAGUGUAGCAUAACCGUUUUUAAAAGCUUUUUAGAUCUUGUUUUUAUAUAAUGCAAAGGAAAGUGCUAAUAAAGGAAAGUGUUUAAUAAAUGGUUACCCAACAACCCUCCGUUAAAAUACCUUUAGUUAUGACGCUGUGUUUUGCAAUUGUGUUUCUUUUUUUCUUCUAAAUAAUAGCAGAUGAUUUAUGAGUCCCUCCUUAUGCACCAUCUUAAAAUUUAUAUAUUAUUGUUUGCCAGAAGCUUGAAAUAAAGUUGGGCUUUUUUUCA